AUGCCGGUCUCUUGUUUUCAGCCGCUUGGGCUUGGUAUAUCUAUUCUACCUCCUCUCACAAGGCGUGGACAUGGCCCUGGACUCAUUUUGCUUGUUCCCGACGCGGACGAGCAGAUGAAGAUCGCCGAGGGAGUGCCGUCUCACCUUGUCAAGUGGGCCGAGGAGGGCUACACCGUGGUGGAGAUCCAAAUCCAGGCUAUCAAAGACGGUGGAGCUACCAACGCACUCUCGAUUGCACUUAAGGCUUUGUGGUCUGACGAAAGGUGUCAGCCUGAGGAGAGAAUUGGAAUAGUUGCCUAUGAUCCGGAAGCUUGGGUUCAAGCCGCGAAGGCCGUGGCCGUGAUUCCUAGCGUCGCAGGAGUAGUGAUAUAUGCAGAUGCUGCGCAGGAGACAUCUUUGCCUGUCGUGCCGGCGCCUACGAUCUAUCAUCUUGCUGGAAAAUCUAGCGGCAGACCAGUGAAAUCAGAUGCUCUGACAGUAUACUACUAUGAGAGCGUUGAAUCUUACAAGUUUGCCAUUCCCUUCCAAAGUGCUUUCAACUACACAACUGAAGCCAUUUCCCACACGCGUAGUCUCUCUCAUCUCAAGCCACGCAUGCUUGGUCCGUAUUUUGAUCUCGAGUUAAUUUGGGAUGAGCAUACCUAUUAUGAGUUCUCCGAUCGCUCAGUCGAACAUACUAUGAGCACCAUGGUUCAGGAACCAUACGUGAAUCAUACUCCUGUCCUAACUGGUGGUGUUGGCCGUGGAGCGCUAACCAACUUCUAUCGAUCCAAUUUCAUCUUCAACAAUUCCGCUGAUACCACUCUUGAGCUUGUGAGUCGGUCGAUAGCCAUCGAUAGGAUCAUUGAUGAGUUCAUUCUCAAGUGUACACACGAUCUAGAAAUUGACUGGCUCAUCCCUGGGAUACCUCCAACUGGACUAAAGUUGGAGGUGCCGUUCACUGCAGUCGUCAAUAUCCGAGGAGACCGUCUGUACCACGAACAUAUCUCCUGGGAUCAGGGCACGGUACUGAGGCAACUCGGCCUUCUACCCGAGUACCUGCCAUUCCCUCACCCCCUCCCUAAUGGCAAGACCCCGGCUCUGGGCAACCAUUUCGAGUACCGCGUGCCCGUGACGGGCACUGCUAGUGCUUCCAAGUUGAGAGAUAGGGGUUCGGAGCCGUCGAAUGAGAUGUUACAGUUCAAAAUCCGCGAAGUUCCAGUGACGCAGCCAGCUGGUCCUCGGAGUUACACAACUGCCAUUCAAAUAUAG